AUGAGUUUUAAUGGACUCCAGGAUCCAGGAGUGGAAGGUGUUAAUCCCAUGGAAGGAGGUUCUGAGUUUAAACUCUAUAGCGGGGAUGACUCUCUGAAUCAGUCUCAGCCCGGCAAUAACAUCUUCGAGGAUGACGCUGUUUUCAUGGUCAACAUGUUUCUGGGAGGAGGAGGCGGUAUGGAUGGAGAGACUGGAGCGGGUGCUGAGGCUGCUGGUUUGGAUGCUGGGAUGUUUGGUUUGGCCGAGCCUCUCCUUCCAGGGUUUUCAGGGUUGGAACCAAUGGAAGGGGUCACGUUCAGGUUGGACGGGCAGGGGGUUAUGGAUCCAGGAACGAACCAGGUUCCUUCGUUUGACUCUCAUGGUAGUAGCCAACUACAGUUUUCAGCAUUUGAUGAGAAACCGAUACAUUCUAUAACGGGAGCCGGCGAGACAUGGGAACAGAAUGUAGGUUUAAGGGGUCACGUGGAACGGAGGGAAGGUGGAAGGGAUGCGAUGGAGGAGACACGGCAGCAUUAUGGGCAGCAGGAGCGAGAGCAAGAAGAACGGGAGCAACAAAGGAAUCUGGAACAGGAGAGGGAGUUGGAGAAGCAGAGGGAGUUGGAGAAACAGAAGCAGCAGAGGAAGUUGGAACAGCAGAAGGAGCUGGAGGAACAGAGGCAACUGGAGCUUGAGAAACAGGAGAAGCAGAGGAAGUUGGAUCAGCAGAGGGAGCUUGAGAUACAGCGGCAGAGGGAGUUGGAGAAACAGCGGCUGGAGAAACAGGAGCAACAGAGGGCGCUAGAGAAACAGAGGUUGAGGGAUUUGGAGAAACAGCGGCAAUUGGAACUGCAGAAAAAGGAGCAGCAGAGGAAGCUGGAGCUGCAGAGGGUGUUGGAGGAACAGAAGGAGUUGGAGAAACAGAGGCAGUUGGAGUUGGAGAAACAGGAGCAGCAAAGGAAGCUGGAGCAGCAGAGGGAGAUGGAGCAGCAGAGGGAGAUGGAGAAACAGAGGCAGAGGGAGCUGGAGAAGAAGCGGCAAGUGGAGCUGGAGAAACAGGAGCAGGAGAGGAAGUUGGAGCAGCAGAGAGAGUUGGAGGAACAGAGGCAGAGGGAGUUUGAAAAACAAGAGCUGCAAAGGAAGCUGGAGCAGCAGCGGGUGUUGGAGGAACAGAAGAAAAGGGAGUUGGAGAAACAGGAGCAGCAAAAGAAGUUGGAGCAGCAGAGGGAGCUGGAGAAACAGCGGCAAUUGGAGCUUGAGAAACAGGAACAGCAGAGGAAGCUGGAGCAGCAGAGGGUGUUGGAGGAGCAGAGGGUGUUGGAGGAGCAGAGGCAAAGGGAGUUGGAAAAACAGGAGCAGGAGAGGAAACUGGAGCAGCAGAGGGAGCUGGAGAAACAGAGGCAGAGGGAGUUAGAGAAACAACGGCAAUUGGAGCUGGAGAAACAGGAACAGUUGAGGAAGCUGGAGCAGCAAAGGGAGUUGGAGAGACAGCAACUGGAGCAGGAGAGGAAGUUGGAGCAGCAAAAGCAGUUGGAGGAACAGAGGCAGAGGGAGUUGGAGCAGCAGAGGGAGCUGGAGAAGCAGAGGCAGAAGGAGUUAGAGAAGCAACGGCAAUUGGAGCUGGAGAAACAGGAACAGCUGAGGAAGGUGGAGCAGCAGAGGGAGUUGGAGAAACAGCAGCAAUUGGAGCUGGAGAAACAGGAGCAGGAGAGGAAGCUGGAGCAGCAAAAGCAAUUGGAGGAACAGAGGCAGAAGGAGUUGGAGAAGCAGAGGGAGCUAGAGAAACAAAGGCAGAAGGAGUUGGAGAAACAGCAGCAAUUGGAACUGGAGAAACAGGAACAGCAGCGAAAGCAGGAGAAACAGAGGGAGCUUGUGGAAAAGGAGCAGCAGAGAGAUUUAGAAAAACAAAGAAAAGAGGUUGUUGAGGUGAGAGCGGAAGAGGGGUUUGAUGAAGCGGCGAGAGAAGAGAAAGAUACUGACUUUGGAAGGGAGGGGUAUGGUGGGGAUGAGGAGGAGUGGCCUGAGGAGAACAGUGUGCAUGAGGAGGGUAAGGCGAAGAUAAAGCUUCUGACUGCUCUUGACAAGGAACCGGUGCCGCUGUCUCGGCAGGACGAAAAGGAGGAAGCAAACGCGAAGGGAGCUGGGAGGGGGUUUACGGAUGAGGAGGAAAAGGUUCGGGUUGAGUCUGGCCCACUGCAACGUGCAGAGGAGGAGGAACAGGUGGAAGAGGAGGAAGAGGAGGAGGAAGAGGAGGAGGAUGAUAUAGAGGACUGGGUGUGUGGCAAGGAGAAUCGAUAUCGGAGAUUGAGUGCUGAAGAUAAGAAGUUGGAGGAGCAGCAGACGAGGGGUGGUGGCGAGAGUGGGGCAAGGAGGGGCAAGAGAGAGGGGGUGUGGGGCGAGGAGAGAGCAGGGAGGAGAAAGAAGCCCAAGAGAAGGAAGCUGGCGGAGUGGUUGCCAACGCAGACAGUGACAGGUGGGGAGCAGGAGGGGGGAAAGGUAGAUGAGGUUGGUAGUGGUGACGCGCGUCAGCCUUGCAAUGUGGAAGAGGGAGAGGAGGAGUCUGCUGGUGAGGUGCGGCCAGCACACGAGGUGGAUGAAAAAGGGCCUCUAGAUGCUGCUUCUGAGGUGCCCCUGAAGGAUAUAGGGCAUGAGAGACAUAAGCAGGCAGAAGAGGAAGAGGAGUGUGAUGCUGGGGUACUCAAGGAAUCAGCUGUUGAGGAGGACAAGGAGGGGCAGGUGGAUCCAGCAGCGGUGUGUGUUUCUGCUUCUCAGGAGCCACAGAUUGGGCAAGGGGAAGUGGUGGAGGAGUGUGUUGCUGGAGUGCUUAAGGAAUCAGCUGUUGAGGAGGACAAGGAGGGCCAGGUGGAUCCAGCAGCGGUGUGUGUUACUGAGGCGAAUCAAACUUGCCAGCCAGCGGCAGUGGACAAGAAGCGGAAGCGCAGCGAAGUGUUUGUGGAGGCUGAUGAAGACGCUGUUGCUGUUGAGAAGUCCUGUCCGCCUCCUGAACCAUCUGCCGCUCCUGAAUCAUCUGUUGCUUCUGAGCCGUCUGCUGCCCCUGAAGCGCCUGCUGCCCCUGAAGCGCCUGCUGCCCCUGAAGCAUCUGCUGUUCUUGAUACAUGUGGAGCUCCCGCUCUUGGAUCACCUGUUGGGGAAAGGGAGGACGAGGGAAGGGAGGGAAGGGAGGGAAUUGAGAAGGAGAGUGAAAGGGAUGUUGGAGGGAUGGCGGAGAGCGAUAAGGAGAGGAGGAGAGUGCAAGGCAGUGAAGUGAAUGUGAGGGAAGAUGAGAGAAGAGCGGAGUGGAGAAGGGAGGAGGAGAGAGAGGAGGGGAAGGCAGACGAGUUAAGUGAAGAGGGGCGCGAGGAGAAUGGGAGGGAAGAGGGAGGAAGCGAAGAGGAGGGGAGAGAUGAGGGGAAAGACGAGGAGGUGGGAGAAGAGGACGGGAAAGAAGAGGAGGGGAGAGAAGAAGAGAGAAGAGAUGAGGAGGUGCAAGAGGAGGAGUGGAAAGAGGAGGGACGGGAACUGGUACACGGGGCGAGAGUGUACAAGAGAAGGGCGAAAGGGGAAAAGGUUGGCAAGCAAGUUGGACGUGGCAGGAGGAGCAGAGAGGCAGAAACGAUGGGAGAGUGGGAGAGGAGGGUGGAGACUGCAGGAAAGAGGGACCGUGAGGGAAAGGAGAGUGGGCAGGAGAUGAAAGAAUCUGCAGCAGCAGGAGCAGCAGCAGCAGCAGUCCAGGCUCCCUCAGCACAGCCUUCACCAGUACUACCUCCCCCUCUGGAUGGACCAGCGGGUUUGUCUCUUGUGCUGGCCUUGUCUGCUUUGGAUGUGGUGCUGGGGAAGGGGCGGUCGGGGGGGGCGAGGGAACAGGGGGAGAAAGCCGGGAGGGGCAUUCAGGAGGAGGAGGAGGAGGAGGAGGAAGAGGAGGAGGAGGAGGAGGAGGAGGACGAGGAGGAGGAGGAGGAGGAGGAGGUAGAGAGGGAGGGGGAUGGUACGGUGGGCGGAAAGGUGGGUGGAGAUGCAGCAGAGGAAGAGGCAGGUUCAGAAGGGACUGGUGAGGGAGCGGAUGUUGUGGAAGUGCAGACAGAGGGAGUGGGAGCAGGGAUGGAGGAGGAGGUUGGGGUGCAAAACGCAACAAGAGAGGCAGUGGAAUCGGGUGAGGAAGGAAUGGCACAAGGGGCAGGUGAGGAAGCUGAUGUGGUGGAGGUAGAGACAGAGAGAGCGGAUUCUCAAGUGCAGGAACGUGGGUUGUGGAGAUCGAGGACGGAGGCAGAGGCGUCAGCAGGGGCAGAUGGAGAAGCAGUGGGAAGGGCGGGUGAGGGAGAAGCAGUGGAAGGGGCAGGUGAGGAAGCUGAUGUGGUGGAAGUGCGUUUGGAGGGAAGAGAGGCAAGAGAGACGCAAGGAGGGGAGGUGGACUUAACAGAAGCAGUGGUGGAGGAACAAGGGACAGAAUCAGGAGAGGCAGAGGUGCAGGAAGUGGGAUUGGAGUCUACAGAGGCAAUGAGAAGAGCAGUUGAGUCAGGUGAAGAGGUUGCAGUGGAGGAGACAGGCGGAGAUGCAGUUGUGGUGGAAGUGUGGGAUGAGAAUGAGAUGGAGGAAGUGGGAUUGGAGUUCACAGGGGAAAGGAGAGGAGCAGAAGAGUCAGGUGAAGAGGAGAAUGCAGUGGAAGAGAGAGACGGAGAUGCAGAUGUGGUGGAAGUGCGGGAUGAGAAUGAGAAGAAAGAGGGGAUGGAAUCACGAGAAGCGGGUGGGCAGGAAGUGGAAGGAGAGGCAGCAGAAGGAGGGACAAGCGGAGAUGCAGAUGUGGUGGAAGUGCGGGAUGAGAAUGAGAGGGAUGAAGGGAUGGAAUCACAAGAAGCAGACGGGCAGGAAGUGGAAGGAGAGGCAACAGAAGCAGAAGCAGAAGCUGCAGCAGCAGCAGCAGCAGCAGGAGAUGCAACAGCAGAGGCAGCAGAGGGGGCAGCAGGAGGGGGCGAUGGUGGUGGGGAAGUAGCAGAGGGAGCGAGGAAGAGGAGGAGAGCGCGGCCGUUGAUGAGGCGAGUACAGUCUGUCACUGACGCUGCUGCUACAGCAGUGCAGGCAAGGCCUAAAGGUGUGCAUGCUGCUAGGGAUAUGCACACAGCCGCUCUGGGGGUGGGUGUUGCUGAAGCUCGUUCUGAUGGGGAUGAUGGUUCUUCUGAUCGUGGUGCUCGUGAUUCGUCCAGUGAUGGUGGGCAUGAUGCAAGUGAUUCAUCUCCUUAUCGUGAUGGUCGUAAAGCGAGUGGUUCGUCCGACCACGAUGCUAAGGAUGGUGAUGGUGGUGGUGGCGGUGCUACUGGUGGGGAUAGGCGUGAUGCUGCAGUGGCUGCUGCAUCCUGCCAUGCUCCAGCUGAUUCCGAUUCAACAGCAUCACAUGUUAAGUAUGAGAGCCAGCCGCUGACGGCGAGGAAUCGGCCGAAGGAGUUUCGGAAGGCGGUGGAGGAGGCUGUGUUGGAGAGUGAAGGGAUGGUGGGGUGUGAUGAGAUGGAGGGAGGCGGGGGAGAGGAAGAGGGAGGGGAUGGAGAAGAGGGAGGUGCGGGUAUGAUGAGGGAUGGUGAGGAGGAUUGGCAGGAGGGGAAUAAGCUUGGUGCAAGUGCUGCUGCUGCUGCUGCUGCUGCUGAUGGUGCUGCUGCUGGUGGUGGUGCUGGUGGUGCUGCUGCAGAUGCUGCUGCUGCUCCUAGCUGCCGAAAAGGAGGCAGCCGGUCAGGUGGGUUGGUGGGGGCAGCGAAGGGAGGGGCAGCAGCAGCGGAACUAGCAGGUGGAGCGAGAGAGGGCAUGAUGUGUGUGGGGUGCCGGAUCAUGCCGGGGGUGAUUGGCCGCCCAACUCGCACACUGGAUGACCUCUUUGCGCCAGGAGGGGGUGGGGGUGGGAAAGGGAGAAAGAAAGGGGAGGGCAGCGGAGGGGAUUCUUCUGGCGAGAGUGACUGGGAUGAGGGGGUGGGUAAGAAGCGGCGGAGGGGGAGGGGCGGCAGUGGGGGCAGUAGCAGGAAAAGGCAGGUGGUGGGGAGUGGAGAGGGUGGGGAUGGAUGGGAGGAUAAGGAGACUGGGGUGGAGGAAGAGGGGAGGAGGAGCAGUGGGAGGGGGAGAGGGAGGGGGAGGGGCAGAGGAAGGGGGAGGCCGGAGAAGGGGAGGAAUGGCGGGUGGGUGUGGGGGAUGAGUAAGAAGCGGAGCAGGAGCCUCGGAGCGAGCCGACAGGGCAAAGCAGGUCAGGGUGGCAAGAGAGGUGGUAGGAGUGACAGUGCCGCCGCUGACAGUGGUGGGGAGAGUGCUGAUGACAGUGCUGCUGCUGGCGCUGGUGCUAGCGCUGGUGCUGCCUGUGGGAAUGCCCGUGCCUCUGGUUCCCGCGCUGCUGGUGCCUCUGCUGCUCGUUCUUCUGCAGCAGGCGCUACGCUAGAAGAAAGCGCAGCAGGCAGCAGCUACGCGCACAGGCUAGUAGACGAAUUGCUAGACUCAGUCCCCCUCUGCAUCCAGUGCCGCAAGCUCUUCCAAUCGCAUCAGUUCUGCCCUCUCUGCCUGCUCGUCUGGUUACCCAACGAGAAGGGCGAUUUCGCCCACUGCGACCGCUGCCAGCUGUGGGUGCAUGCGGAGUGCGACGGGAUCUCUAGGCAGCGGUUGAGUGCGAUAAAGAACUAUGCGGUGUAUCUGUGCCCUACCUGCCGGCAGACCACGGCGGUGGAGGAGAGGGAGAAGAGGGAGAGGAAGGAGAGGAGGGGGAGGGAGAAGGAGGAGAGGGAGGAGAGGGAGGAGAGGGGGAGGAAGGAGCGGGAGGAGAGGGAGAAGAGGGUGAGGGAGGCUGCUCAGGCUGCUGCUGCUGCGUCUGCUGCUGCCGCUGCUGCUCGAAUUAAGGAGGAGGGGAGAGAUGCAGAGAGGGGCACCGCGGGACGGUCUGGGAUGGAAGUGAUAACAGGGAUGGGGAGGGGGUUCAGCUUGGGUGGUGCGUGCUUGCGGAUAGAUGAGGUGAAACGGGAGGGCCUGCAUGUUUGUCGCCUCGACAGGGAUGGGAGUGGGGAUCGGGAUCGGGAUGGGGAUGGGGAUGGGGAUGGGGAUCAGGAUGAGGAGGAUGAGGAUAGGGAUGAGGGUGAGGGAGGGGGUGGGGAUGGGUCAAAUGAUGGUGGUGGGCAGGGGCGGAAAGGAGGAGGUGGUAGAGGUAGAGAGAAGAAAGAAUGGGAUGAGAAGGCAGUGGAGAUGAAGGGAGACGCGGAUGGGAAUGGAUACUUGUCAACUAAGGAGGCUCCGCACAGAGCUUCCCCACAGUCGGAUUCACCUGAGGAUUCCCCUGACGAUUCACCUGGCACUCCAUCGUCCUCACCUGAGGCAGAAGCGGAAGGGGACAACAAGAUAGCAGCGGCGCCACCCAUCCCCAUCCCUGUAGCCCACCCACCUGUGCCCGUCACAUGUGCAUCUUACAAGGGCAUCUACCUCCCUUCUCUGCACCUCGUGCAGUGCUGCUGCCGCUCCUGCCGGCCUAAGACCAAGGCCGGCAGCAGCAAGAGCAGUGCUGCUGCUGCCGCUGGUGGGAGGAAGGAAGGAGGAGGAGGGGAGGUGGGAGGAGCAGCAGGGGCCGCAAUGAUGGCGCUGAGUGAGUUUGAGAAGCAUGCGCAGUGCCGCUCCAAGAAAUGGAAAUCGUCUGUGUUGCUGCAGGGCGCUGAGAAGAAAACCACCCUCUUUGCCUGGGCAUCCCACGAGGCGGGAAUCAGAGGCCUCUUGUUCUAUGAGGACCCUCCGCCUCGCAGCCGCCCGGGGAACCGGCAGCAGGGAAUCAUAUCCACACUGCGCAGCGCGGGCGGCAGCAGCGCGGUCGCAGCCGGAAUCGGAGGAGUAGGAGUGGGUGCAAUGAGAGGCAGAGCCGGUGUGAAAGGGUCAAUGGAUCCCAGGGGGGGUGUGGCAUGGCUGGAAAAGGCUUUAAGUGAGCCGUACGAGGGGGUGGAGUACAAAUGGACGUCGGAACGCUGUGCUGUGUGCAACAGCGAUGAGGACUCGGAUGCCAGUCGCAUGUUGGUGUGUGUCAAGUGCGAGAUGGGCGUGCAUGAGGAGUGCUAUGGGAUCGAGCCCUUCCCGGGGCUUGCCCUGCCAGAGAACAGCAGAAGCAAGGGCGAGACGCCCGCGAGAAGAGCAGCAGCAGUUGGUGGUGGUACUGCUGCUGCUGCAGCCGCUGCUGCCGCCGCCGCCGCUGCUGCGGCCGCUGCAGCAGUGGCUGGGGGGAGGGGUGGGCGGGGCGCCGCGUUUGGGGCAGUGGGGCGGGGGGCGGGGUUUGGAACAGGGGGAGGAGGGGCUGGAGGAGGAGCGGGGGCGGGAGGGGGAGGGGGUGGUGGUGAAGGGGGGGUGGCGCGGCAGAGGUGGGCUCAUCUGGUCUGUGGGUUGUGGAUGCCGGGUGUGAGUGUAUUGGGAGAGGGCGAGGGAGAGGUGCUGGACGGCAUUCAGCUCGUGGAUCCAGAGCGGUUCAAGCUGGCAUGCUGCAUAUGCCGUCAGCCCUAUGGCGCGUGCAUUCAGUGCGACGGGCCGCGGUGUCUGGUGGCAUACCACGUGGUGUGUGCGAUGAAGGCGGGGUGGAUCAUGGACGUGUUGCCUGAUGACACCGGCCAGCUGCUGCGCUGCACCUUCUGCCCCAAACACAGGGACCCGAAUCCUGACCUUGCUGUGAUUGGCCCUGCUGCCCUGGCGGCCGGGAAGCGGUUGAUUGAGCGAGGGGGGAGGCUGAGGAAGCGCACUGGCAUCACUGGGUUCCCUGCUAUAGGGGCGGGCACUCUCAAGAGUGACUCCCUCAAACCGGAUGGGGAGAAGGACAGAGAGGGCAAGGAGGGCAGGGAGAGCAGGGAGGGGAGAGAGGGGAGAGAGGGCAGGGAGGGGCGAGGGGAGGGGAAGAGAGGGGGUUUGGAGAAGGGGAAAGGGAGGGGGAGAGGGGGUGAGUUGGAGGGGGAGGAAUGGGGCGAGGAGGAGAGGGGUGAGAAAGUCAAGCGGCGGAGGGAGAGUGGAAGGACGAAGGGAACAAGAGGUGGUGAUGGUGGUGAGAAUGGUGUUGAUUCGAACGCGAGUAGUGAUGUGAUAUUAAUGGGUGAGGAGGAAGGAGAGAGAGAUGAGGAGGAGGUGAGAGCUGCGGAUGAAAUGGGAGGGGGGCAGGAUAGUGCAGAGGCAAGAGGGGGGGAGGUUGGAGAAGGGACGAGAAAGGGGCAGAAGGGUGGUGGAGAGGCGAGAAGGGAGGAGCUUGGGGGAACCCUGUACGAGCUUCAAAGAGGGAGGAAGAGAGGCCUAGGGGAGGGUGAUGAUGGGAACGAUGCUGCUGCUGAUGAUGGUGGUGGUGCUGUCCAAGUAAAGGAGGAAGAGGAGAAGGAGGGGGGGCAGGAGGGGGAGCAGGAGGGGGAGGAGGAAGAAGAGGACGAGGGGUCUAAGAGCGAUGUGAUGCUGCUUCCCAGUCCAGAAUCAUCUGAAGGUGAUACUAUUACUCAUGCAGGGGCGAGGGGAGCUAGGCCUGCAGGGGAGCGGGCGGGGACAGCAGCAGCAGGAGGGGGAAGAAGAGGAGGAGGAGGUGGGGAUGAGAUGGAUGGUGUGUUGUCCCGCUGUCAGCCAUACCAAGGGCGUAACAGCCGGAUGCGAUGGCGAGGAGGGGAGCGGAGGGCAGAUGGAAGGAUGGAGAGCGAAGGACAGGAGGAAACAGGGGGUACGGCGGAGGGCGGAGUGGAGGGGAGUCGUGUUUUGAGUCGACUCAAAACACGAAGGACGGAGAGCGCAGGACUGGAGGAACCAGGGGGUAUGGCGGAGGGCGGAGCGGAGGGGAAGAGGGAGGAGGGGCUGGAGAGGAGCGGGGAGGAGGGGGAGGUGGGAGCGAGUGAGCGAGUGCGGAGGGUGUGGGGGCGUGGGCACAAGGAGGUGGUGCCGUAUCUGCUUGGGGGGGUGUGCUGGCACGACAGGGAGACCAUCAUGGAGCUGCGGGUGAGUGCGGUGCUGAGGGGUGCUGAGGGGUGCUGA